UCAUUUUGUGACACACGACUUCAAACGUGCGUGUAUAUUUAUGCAGCCUGUGAGAAGAAGAAAGGGGUCGAUCGUCUGUGAUGUGUUUUCUGCCCAAAUUGGGUGUUAAUUGAAGCAAUUCAAUUCAGUCCUCUCCUUCUCGUUCUUAUUUUACGUCGUUUAAUCCCUCCCCCCUUCUCUUUUCUCUUUAUUUGGUUGCUAUUCCGGCUGAUUUCAGCUAGAAAAUCUUCAUUUUCUGGGCUGCAGUUAUGGCGAGGACAAAACCGGGUUUCAACCGUGACAACAACCACCACCAGAUUUCCAUCUUCGUAUAAUAGUUUCUUCGUCUCCCUUGUGUCAGUCCCUUAUUCCAUUAUUCGCAGUUAAGAUUAUUCUCUCGCUAGAUGAUUUAGUCUCUCUUCCACUUCUAGCUGCAAUAUAAAAAUAAUUUUGCAAGUCAUUUUUGUAUGUUUGUGACUGUGUAAUAGAGUCAAAUAACCCCUUCUCUACCAUUUUGGGAGGGAGGGACUUGAGCACGCGAUAAUGAUAAAAUUUACGAAACCCUAGCCCACCGUCGAUCAAACAUUUCUAUUUUCUCGUGUAGGAUCACUAGCUGUUUAGGGUAUUUUCAGUCGUCGAUAUCUGGCAGUGGAAAUACAGGCUUUAGUAGAUGAUUUGUUUUUGCCUUUGUAUCAGGUGGCUUAGAUACCCAAUUACAGAUUAUGGUUAUAUCAAUCUUCGUGAUUAGUUUGGGUAUUUUGUUAUGUUGUGAUUUUACCGUCUCAAGGAGUUAAUAAGGGGGCGUAUCAAUCCAUGUUUUAAUUCUAGCAGCGCCUAAAAGGGUUUAUGAACUUAAAAAGAUGGCAAUGGAUGAAGUAUUAACGGUAAAGGAUGCAGUUCACAAGCUGCAAAUUUCUCUUCUUGAAGGCAUUAAAGAUGAGAACCAGCUAUUCGCUGCUGCUUCAUUGAUGUCUCAGAGUGACUACCAAGAUGUGGUAACAGAGCGCACAAUAGCCAACAUGUGUGGUUACCCACUCUGCAUCAAUUCUUUGCCUUCUGAGCGGCCUCGGAAGGGGCAUUUCCGAAUAUCACUCAAGGAGCAUAAAGUAUACGACCUUCAUGAAACAUACAUGUAUUGCUCUUCUAGUUGUUUGAUAAAUAGUCGGGCAUUUGUUGGGAGUUUGCAAGAAGAGAGAUCCUCGACUCUGAACCUGGGAAAACUUUAUGAGGUUCUGAAUAUGUUUGAAGGGUUGAGUUUGAACUCUAAAGUGGACAUAGGUAAGAAUGGAGAUUUAGGAUUGUCCGAGUUGAAAAUUCAGGAGAAAACCGACACUAAAGCUGGGGAAGUUUCUGUAGAGGAGUGGAUUGGUCCUUCAAAUGCUAUUGAAGGUUAUGUCCCACAGAGAGAUAUCAAUUUGAAGCCACGACAAUCAAAGAAUCUUAAAAAAGAAUCUAAACCCAACCGCGCGGAACCAAAUAAAGAAGACAUUAUAUUCAAUGAUAUGAACUUCUCUAGUACUAUAAUUACACAAGACGAGUACAGCAUUUCAAAACUACCUGGUCCUAGAAAAAUUGUUACCCAUAUGAAAGGUGAAGAACCAAAAGGAAAAGUGAGUUGUGAAGAUGCAAGAGAUCAGGACAGCACUGUGCAAAACCCAGAUGCUCCAAUGGGAAGCAUGCCAGAAACAAAAUUGUAUAAAUCUGAUAAGUACAAAUAUGGAGAUGACAAACUUAAUGUCUCAGAAGUGUCUCCUGGUACUAGCCAUCCUAGCAGUAAGGCAAUGAAGGAAGAAACAGAUUACAACCACCAGAAGUUAUCUACAGCUACUUUCACUAAGCUCAAAUCUUCUUUAAAAACUUCAGACGCAAAAAAAGCUAUCCGCUUUGUUACUUGGGCUGAUGGGAAUGCUCGCGGUGAGGGAAAAAACCUUUGUGAGUCUAGAGAAUUAGAUGAUAAGAAAGAAGCUGUUGUGGAAUCAAACUUCAGAGACACGGAAGUGGGUGAAGAGUCGUUUAGAUUUUCAUCAGCAGAAGCCUGUGCAAAGGCUCUAAUCCAAGCAGCAGAAGCUGUUGCAUCUGAAAAAUCUGAUGUAUCAGAUGCAGUGUCUGAAGCAGGUGUUAUUAUAUUACCACCACCUCGUGAAGUGGAUGAAGCUGAACCUCAAGAGAAUGGCGAUGUUAUGGAUACUGAUCCAUCUGUUUUAAAGUGGCCUUCAAAACCAGGCUUUCCAAAUUAUGAUCUGUUUGACUCUGAGGAUUCUUGGUAUGAUAGUCACCCGGAGGGUUUUAGUUUGACUUUAUCGCCUUUUUCAACAAUGUUUAUGGCUCUUUUUUCCUGGAUAUCGUCAUCCUCUGUGGCCUAUAUAUAUGGACGUGAUGAAAGUUAUCAUGAAGAAUAUUUAUCCAUCAAUGGGAGGGAGUAUCCUUGCAAAAUUGUUAUGGAAGAUGGUCGCUCCUCUGAAAUCAAGCUAACUCUUGCUGGCUGCCUUGCUCGAUCCUUGCCGGGACUUGUUGCUGAGCUCAGACUGCCAACACCAAUAUCAACUCUUGAACAAGGCAUUGCACGCUUACUAGAUACAAUGUCUUUUGCCGACCCACUUCCAUCAUUCAGGAUGAAGCAGUGGCAAGUAAUUGUCCUUUUGUUCCUUGAUGCACUUUCUGUCAGCAGGAUUCCCGCACUCACACAAUAUAUGACGGGCAGGAGAGUUUUGCUUCCCAAGGUUCUCGAGGGUGCUCAGAUUAGUGCUGAAGAGUACGAGAUAAUGAAGGAUCUGAUCAUUCCACUUGGCCGAGUUCCUCAAUUCUCAACUCAAAGCGGAGGCUAAGCAAGAAAUCAUCAUGUAAAUAGAGUUCAGAUUCGACUCUUCAACAAUCCCUCGAUUAUAAUGCUCAACAGACCCUGAUCUUUGGACUGCCAAUUUCAUCAAGAUAUAACUGAAAAUGACACAAUGAAGGAACUCGAUAUCAACCUAGUCGGGAAGUUGAAGCAUCUUCCAUCAGCAUAUUUUAACUUUUUAUGUGUCAUUUCUCAAAAUAAGUUAGAAAACACGCAGUUGGUUUCUUCAUGCAAGUAAAGUAUUACAAUUUCUACUGUAUAAUCCUAGGAUUAUUUUGGAAACAUAAACUAAUAAAUUUUGGUGACUUGGAGUGAAGUUAGAGAAGUAAGUUAUGCAGACAUCAAUUUCAUCAUAAUUUUUUCUUAAAUAGAGAUAUAGAUUUAGCUCC